AUGAUUAGUGGGUACACCAAUAACAACAAGAGCUUAUAAUAAAACCCAUCUUAGAAUUAAAGCGCUAGCUCUUCCUAUAUGAUGAUAUCAAAGUUGUAAAGCAAAGAGCUAGGUAUAGAUGACUAUAAUUUAAAAUAAAAUUAUGGCUAAACUCCAAAUGACAUUAAUUUUACAAAUGAAUUUAAUGCAAGGAAUUAAUAGUAUAAAAAUAAAAAGCAACAAUUAUUUAAUUAAAUGAAUGGGAUUAAUAGUAAAAUUUAAGACGAAGAUCAAAGUAGUUAAGUCUUGUCUUAGAGAUAGCCUUCUUAUGAAGAGAGGUAAUCUGUAAAAUCUAUUAAUACGCCUUAAGGAAAUUAGAAUGCUGUUAAUAGUGAAAUAUCCAUAAAACGAAGGCAAAGAAGAGAUAAUAGCUAAGAUAGUACUAAGUAAAAUUCUGCUCUAAAAAUUCUUGGUGAGUUUAAAAAGGAUUCGGACAUAGAACACAAAUUAAACUCUAGUAAAUUUAAAAAUGGAAAUAGUGAUCAAGCCAACCAAUUUAGCACUUUUGGUUAAGACUCUUCGAUACAUGAAUAUUCCAAUUAGUAGAUUUCUGAGCAGAUAAAAAUUAGAAGUUCAACAAAGAAACCUUCAAUAGGUUUCAGGCUAUAAAAUCCUGAAAUUGAUAAUGAAGAUGGAUCUCCAAAAGACUAAUUAAGAAAAGAAAAAAAAAUAAUGUUUGCUGAAGAAGACAAUUAUCAUUUCUUUGAUGUUAUAGAAACUGAUGCUGAUUUCUUGUAGGAAUUCUAAUUAAUUUAAUAAACAGCAUUUAAUUAAGCUAAGUAGAAGUAUUAGGAAGAAGAAGGUUUGCUAAAAUCAAUAUUAAAAAAAAGAAAUAAAAUAUAAAGGCUUAAAAAGCAGAAUUCAAAGUCACUCACUGAUAUCGCUGAUAGAGGUUCUUUAAAUUUCAAUCCUCUUGAUAGAUAGAUUCAAGCAUCUCUCUUGUUAAGAAAAAGAUAAGAUUUUGCGUUAGGUGCUAACAGUAGUUUUUUCGGCCAGUAACAUGCUAAUUAGGUUUAAAUAAAUAAACAAUAAAAAAAGGGAAAGAGAGAUUCUGGUUCAAUAUAAUUUGCUAGUUUGAAGAAAGCCUAUGAAAAAGAUAAUUAUAUCAAGCGUCUUUCAUCAGUUUCUCUUUAAAAAGUGGAGAGAUUUCAUUAAUUUUUAAGCAAGCAGCACAAUGAAAGAAAGAAAAAUUAGAGGAUUUUCUAUUUUUUCUAUAAUUUGAUUGUUGAUUUUAUUUGUUUGAAUUUAAUCGAACUAGAAACUCUUGAUAAGACAUUGAUACAUUUUUAUUCAGCUAUUUUAAAAUAUUUUCGUCUUUUUUCAAAUACUACUUUAAUUGGAACUCUAUUUUUUUUUUACAGCUUUGCUAGUGUAGAUAUAGCUUAUUAAAUUAAGUGGCCAUUUACAUAUUCAAGUAAUAAUUACAAAGAUAACUCUGAAUUUCUAACUUCUCAAAGUAUUUUUACUUCUUAUAUUGGAUUAAUACUCUUAACUUUAUUGACAAUUCAAGUAUUUUUUAAAGGAGAAUUUGUCUAUUCCUCCUUAUUUGUUGAAAAAUAAGCUACAAAGUUGAUUUUCAACUCAAUAAAAUGGAAUACUUUUUGUAAAAAUAGAAUCAGUUACUUGUUUAAAAAGUAUAAAGUUUAUGAUAAAAUAAUAGAAGAAAAUGACCAUUUUGAGGGUCAUUAUCCGUAUGAAACCUUGGCAUUUAUACUUUUAGUUGAAAUUUUUCUAGUUGCUUUUGAUUUAGGAGCUCUUUUCUUCCUGUUAUAUGAUCAAAGACUAAUUGACUAACUCUAAGAUUUUAAUUAUAUAUCUGAAUGCAGCCUUUUAGCUCAUAUAAUUAUUGGAGUUCUACUUGUGAUUUUGGUUGAAAUAAAUCAUUUGAUAAUUAAAUAAACAUAUGUCUAUGUUACCAAAAUAACAUUUUCUAAUGCUGAAAAGUUUAUGAUGCAGGUUAUAAUAUAAUAACAAACUCCAGUUGCAAAUUAGAUUUUAUCUCAAAUUGGGUUUGUUAUAGCACUAUCAGUAUUGUAAGCUAGCAAUAAAAUUUUUGAUACUGCAAAUACUAACAUAAACGAAGAAUAAAAAAAACAGACCUAACAGGAAGAUAAAGAAGCUAAAGAGGUGAGCAAUGCUUCAAAAGACGAAGUAGAAAAAAAUAAAAUAAAAAAUUCUUAAGUAACUCCUGAAACUCAUUAUUCUCCUUCAAAAAUCAAUACUUCUUCGGAAGAUUAAUAAAAGAUUAGCUUUUACAAUAACAAAUAAUUCAAACUUUUAUCUUUAAAUGAUCCAAGCCAGAAGAAAAAUUCACCUUUAAUUAUUAAAUCUGCAUAUUAUCUUAGCCAUUUACUAUUCAUAUCUAUGAUGAACAGCUCUAUUUUGAAUUGUAUUUUCACUUAUCCUCUACUUCUUCCUCUAGGUUGUAUAUUAAACUUCUUUCUUAUGAUAUCUCUUUAUCAGGUAAAUAAAUAUAUAGAUCCUUCAGGUUGCUUAAGCUUUUUAACAAACAGAGAAUUUAAAUAAAUGAUAAAUCAAGUCAUCUUUACAUCUGUAUCUGUUUCAAUCAUUCAAAAUUUUAUUAUUGGAAACAGUGAUUAGUAGAAUUCUGACAUUAAAAUAUAAGAAAGUUUGUUUUAUUAAGGGCUAAGCUAUUUAUAUGACAUAAAGUUCAUUAACUAAUUCAUAGCAUUAAUUUCUCUCCCAUAUAUUCUUAUUGCUGUACUUCUUUAUUUAACUACCACUCUUUAUAUGCAGAAUAAAUCCCAUAAACAUGAAUUCACAAUUUACAAAAAGCAUCUAGAAAAAUCAAAAGAACCUUUAACUUCUUAAGCAAAUUUAUCUGUUUCUAAAUUAGAUCUAAAAAAAAUGUUUAAUUUUCUAUGA